UUGUGCUAAAGUUUUCGGAACACCGUUGUUGGGAACCUUUUUCCCCAAAAUGUUAUCCCUUUUGCAGUUGGUGUGCUUCGCGCUGUCUCUGCUUUCCUUCAUAUCGGUGUUUUACUCGGUGGGAAAGCUGGGGCUCUUCCUGGCAACGCCUCUCCAAGCAGAGCAAUCGACAGAUGCGUUUCCCAACGAGCGGUCUUCGCUUCGGGCGACACUGUUUUCCCUGUUUUUCAACUCGAUCUGGGUGGUCCUGUUUGUGGUACAGCAUACGCUGAUGCGGGCAUCGGCGGUAAAGCGUUUCUGGCAAACCGUUGGCCUGGAGCUGGCCGAACGGAGUGUGUACAACAUUGCGUCCUCCUAUUGCUUGCUGCUGCUGCUGAAGAACUGGAAAACGGAUCCGACGCAGUUCCGCCUGUGGUUCUUUGAUGUGGAAGACAAUAAGAUACUCUGGUGGGUCUUGACGGGGGCGCACGUCCUAUCGUGGAUCGUCGUUUACGGAGGCAGUCUGAUGGUGGAUCUGCCGGAACUGAUCGGGCUGAAGCAUGUGUACUACGACAUCAACGAUCUGGCCCCACCGAUGUCGUACAAAUCACGCGAAUUGCAGGACUACUAUCAGCGCUAUCGGCACCCGUCGUUCAUCGGCCUCUCGACCGUCCUGUGGCUCACCAACGGAAUGACCCUAGAUCGGUGCGUUCUGGCCACUAUCUGGACUGUGUACAUGUAUCUGGGCUGGAACACCACAAAGGUCGAUUUACAGUACCACCGGCACCAGUUGAAGAGCAAACGUGCCGAGCUGGUUCAAGUGACCAAGUGAACGGCCAAAACGCGAUUUUAAUUUCUUUUAGUGUGCUUCACAUUUUUACGAGGGUGCCUACAUAUUGUGUUCCACUGACUGACUAAUUUAUUGUAGAACAUCGUCAACAUUCAAAUACGCAUUUUUCUAAUAAACUAACCAAAGCCUCAUCAAAGAGGAUUUUAAAACUGUUUUUACGAGUUUUUGGAAGCAUGGUAUAUGACUAAGCUGAAUUCAAUGUUUUUCAUUAGGCCUUUUUUAGCAGCCUACACCGAAACUGAAUAAUUAUUCACUAAUGGACCAAACUAAGAGCAAUAAAUAGUCAUCAUUAAA